AUAUGUUCAUAUACAAUUAAAGAAGAAGAUAAAAUGACGAAUGUCAAAAAAUUUGUGUUUACGUUUUGAAAAUGGAGUAGUUGCGUGAAGAAGGAAAGUAGUUAUAGUAAUAAAUUCGCAGUAAAAUGGCCAACGAGCCCCAGACCCGUGUAAUGCAAGAUGGUUCAGACAACUCGAAAAAAACCAUACUGAAUUUGUUUCCCAAACAAAGCGACUGUUCCUAUGUUUCAUGUUACUGUGAGGAAAAUAUUUAUAAAUUGGCAGAAGUAGUCAACAAAAUCUACUGCAAUGAAAUAAAUAAGUGUUUCGUUGUUUUCAUAUCAAACCCAAGCAGAACCGUGCCAUUGUGGCGACAGCGAGCUGGCAAAGACGAGGACCGUUUGGUUAUUUGGGACUACCACGUAAUUUUUCUUUACCAUCCAGAACCGGAAAAGUGUUUGGUGUACGACCUCGACUCAGAAUUACCGUUUCCGACCUAUGUUCACAAAUAUGUUACUGAGACAUUUCGGACGGACCAUAUUUUAAAACCGGAUUAUUUUAGAUACUUUCGAGUUAUUCCGGCGGUAGAAUUUAUAAAGGAGUUUGCAUCUGACAGGAGACAUAUGAAACGACCUGACGGUUCUUGGAUAAAACCUCCACCAAAUUACCCAGCAAUAACAUCCUCCAGCAACACCCACAACUUGGAAGAAUAUAUUCAAAUGGACAUUGGCAAAGGCCCAGGGCAAGUUCUAAAUCUGUCACAGUUUGUGCAGAGAUUUUACAAAUCCGUGACAUAAUUUAUUGAUGGGUAUGGAUCGGGAAAGCUGACAAUUUUUUCGCUGCUCCCUCUCAGGAGCUUUUUUGUCGGGAAACAUUUGGUAACUCCUAAUUCUUACCAAACGACCAUUAUUUCAUGAAUUCUGCGCUUAUGACUCUAAUACUGCAGUUGAUGUUGCACACUUUCGGUCUUGUCAUUCUGAAGCAAUGCUAUUUAUUCUGAGUGUAAUUAAGUUGAACAUAAACAAUGGAAAUGUGAUUUUUCAACUUAUUUUAGAAUUUACAAUAAAUAUAUCAUAGAUAAAGGACAUUCUCUUACUUGGUUUAACAGAAAUUAAUACUACGCCUGAAUUUUAUUCCUAAAAUAAGCUGAAAAUACAAGCCAUACACAUAAUUAAACUGUAAUCCUUGGAAAAUAUGAUAUAUCAGUUUUUUGUAAAGUUUUGAUGAUGUAAAAUGCAAUCAGUUUUUAAAUAAUACUGUUCGUGAUGUUUACCCAUUUUUUAUGAAGUUUAAGGCUGCUACCAGUGGAUGUAAUAAAUAAAUUGGAUACUGCCCCCUCCCUCCUCAUCUAUUUAUUGUCUGCUUGGGUUACCUUGAAUUGUAAAGUCCAAUUUUGGACAUUCAUAGAUG